GCCAGAGUUGUUGUGCACUGGUGUAAACUUGAGCACGUUGGUCGCAGUAAACCCUAUAGAGAGGUCAUACUAAUGGACACAAGGUUCAACCUUAUAGUUGUUGGAAUUUGGUGUGAGCUUUUAGAGCGGUAUGCGAUAAGCUUGCAAUCUGCGGGAAAUAAUAAACACGUUAUCAUUGGGACCAUGCUGAAAUUGAAUAAGAGACACAGGUGUUUGGAGACUUCAGAUCACACGAUAUUUACAUUCAAUCCAAAUCAUCUUGACAGUCGUGAACUACAGGCCUUCCAGCGGUCGUUAAUCAGGGGCAAUAGGGACUACAGAUUCGUGAACAGAUUUAUUGAAAAAAGGUGGGCGUACCUAGCAACAGUGGUGUGACCUACG